AUUUUUCUUCAACCCAUAACUUGAAGCAGAACAGGACAUUACGUAAAUGGCGAGAGACUAAGAAGAAUAUAUACGAUUGGGACGAAUGAAAACUGGAAGGAAUCAAUAUUGGGUUUAUGUGAUAGUGUAGUUAGCUUAGACAAAUGAAAAACUGGCGUGAUCCGUAUAGAAACACCAUUUCACUUUGUAAACAAAUCUAUGUAAUUUAUUUUCAAUAAGUGACCUUGUGGCCAAUUUUUCAUAAUUGUUACAUUGAUAGAAAUUAGUAAUGGAUGUGUUCCAGAAUGAUGGUUUAUAUUACAAUGCAGUACUAUGCUAUUUUUAAAACUCAAAUAUUAUAUGGAAUGUCCCCAGGAUUACAUUGGUUGGUAUAUUAUGUGAAUCAAACCAAUUUUCUGAUAAAGACAUUGAUAUUAUUAUAUUAUAGAUGCUUAAUUUCAUCACGCGUAGUCGCUUUAGCAACUAAUAUAAUUUUAUUCUGCUCCUUUUUCUAAAUCAUU